AUGAUUGCAGCCAUGUCUAUGAUGAAAGAUGCACAGAAAAUACAGGCUGAUGCACUGCUUCGCUCUUUUAAUCAGCAACAAAAUGCAUCUCAAACACAGGUAACACCGGUUCAAAAAAUGACGCCAGUUUCAAGCGAUAUACCUGUUACUGUUGUUGCUGCUGCUAAUUUACAAGGUGUUAAAUCAAAAUCAAAGUUUAAGCCAAAAUUUGUGAAAAGUCGCAAACAAAAAGCUUCACCAUCAUCAUCACCAUCUUCUGAUAGUUCCUUUAGUGUUGAUGAUACAGAAAGUUCAGAUAAAAGUGCAGCUUCAAAGCCAGAAGAGAAAGAGAAAGAUCGAAAAAAGAAGGCACCUACUAGAAAACAAAUUUCUUCUGAUGAUGAUAGUGAUAAUAAUCCUAAUUUUAGUGGCAAAGAGAUAACAUCGGAAUCUAGAAAGAAAAGAAAAUCGAAAUUUUCUAGUUCUUCGUCUCGAUUACCUGUGACUGAGCAAGCAGCAACUUUACCGGACACUUGGCCUGAGUUCAAAAAGUUGUUCUUGUCUCGUUUUCGUAGUCCUGAACGUAUCGAAGCUUUGAAACUUGAACGAUGUCGAUGUGUUCAGAGACAAAAUGAAACGGCUGCAGACUUUUAG